UUUUGGGAAAAUCUGGGAAAAUUUUUGUGGUUCAGCCGGAAUCAUUCUGUUAUCACACACAUUGACAGUUAACUAGGCUGCUAGCUCCCGCAUAAAAUCCAUGGCGCCUCACUCCAUUUCUCUUGCAGCCACUUUCCCCCAAAUCCCUAAAAUCAAUCAACUUCUCAUCAUACGACCCCUCUCCCCCGCCUUCUGCUCAGCUUCUCCCUCCCGAACCGUCACCUCUGGCGAUUCCCUCCGUGCAAAGGCUGAUCUCCUGCGUCUCAUAUCGAGCCAGGAGAGAGGUCUUCGGACGCAAACAAACCCCUCGAAGAGAGAAGAGAUCAUCCGCGCCAUCGAUGAUCUCGCUGUGCUCGGUGAUGGCACUGUGACGACCGACUCGUCUCUCUCCGGCACAUGGAGAAUGCUUUGGACGACGGAGAAGGAGCAACUAUUCAUUAUCAAGAAUGCUCGGCUCUUCGGCACUGAGGCUGGUGACGUUUUGCAGGUCAUUGAUGUCGAGAAGGGUCUUCUCAACAAUGUCAUCACGUUUCCGCCUUCUGGGGUAUUCUUUGUUAGGUCGGAGAUUGAAGUGGAGCCGCCUCAGAGGGUAAAUUUUAGAUUUACUAGUGCAGUUCUUAGGGGAAGUAAAUGGGAGAUUCCAUUGCCGCCCUUUGGUCAAGGAUGGUUUGAAUCUAUAUAUAUGGAUGAAGAGAUCAGAGUUGCCAAAGACAUUCGAGGAGAUUACUUAGUGGUUGAUCGUGCUCCGUAUUCCUGGAAAGAAUGAAUCGUUAAGCA